UUACCAUCAUGAAUACCUCAAAUCCCAAUCUCACAAAUACUUCGAUAAAAAGACCAAAAAUUUUUAAAGCAAAGAAAAUUCCUCUAGGUUUUCACGACAUGAAGUUUACGACUCUAAUGCUCAUCACAUUCGUGAUAAUCGCCAUGUCGUCUCCUGUUCCAAUUAGAGCAACCAGGGUUGAAAGUUUCGGAGAAGUGGCACAAUCGUGUGUUGUGACAGAACUCGCCCCAUGCUUACCAGCAAUGACCUUGACAGGAGACCCGACUACAGAAUGUUGCGACAAACUGGUAGAGCAGAAACCAUGUCUUUGUGGUUAUAUUCGAAACCCAGCGUAUAGUAUGUAUGUUACUUCUCCAAACGCUCGCAAAGUCUUAGAUUUUUGUAAGGUCCCUUUUCCUAGUUGUUAAAUCUCUCGAGACAUUGCUAAGAAAAAUAUUAUUAAAAUAAAAAAAAAAAUCAAACUAGAUCUUAUGUAACAAUGACUCAUCAUGUUAUGGUUGAAGCUUAUAUAUUGAAGUGUUUGAUUUUAUAUA